AAAAAAAAGCCGGCUUCCAAGGAAGGCAUUGCCAUUGCCCGCGCAGCGUUAAUAGUCGGUUGUUGUUCUUGGCGUUUACCCACAUUUGAAAAAGGUGCGAAAAGCGAAAAAGACAACAACGCAUUGAAAAUUGUGUGAACGACGCUGCCGAACUGAACAAUUGUUUUGCUCCGUAUAAAAAACAGUAAAAAUGCCUCGCGCAAAAGUGCAAAAAAAGCAAGUAACGCCCGUCGAGCUGUCAGCAACAAAUGGCAUCGAAGUGGCAUCUGCAACUGCAGCUGCCAGCGACGCCGCUGAUGCUUCUGGGCAACCACUGAAAGGCAGAGCGCGCGGCAAGACGGCGGCGGUAUCUGCUGCUAGCCCGCCCGAAGAUACCAAUGAUGCACAGAAAGCUGAAACUGUUGUGGCAAAGAAAAUUACCUCAAGAGGCAAACGAAAGGCAACUAACGAAAAAGAAACUGAAGUGAAGGAGCCACUUAGGAAUGACUUUUCUGCUACAGAUGACUUACCCUCAUCCUCCGUUGCUGUUAAAGGUAGGCCACGCAGCAAGAAAGCGGUUGCCCCCAAAGCGAAUGACAUUCUGGAUUCAAAGGAACUGAAAGUGCAAGAGGAUGUUGUAAAAAAAAGUGCGGGACGCGGUAAAGCAAAGCUACCAGAAGAGCCCGUGGAAAUUGGAGAUGCUGCACCGCCCAAGCCAAGAGGACGUGCCAAAAAACCAACAACUGAGGCAGUUGAAGAGGAAAUUGUAGCUAAACCCACAAAGUCUCGGGCCAAAAAAGAGAUUACCUUAGCCCCCGUAGAGCAUACAGUAAGUAAAGGCAAGGGACGCCCUAAAAAAGCGGAGACAAACCCUCAAAAGGAAGAAGAUACAGUAAGCAAGGACUUGGCGCCAGAAGAGAUAGUGGAGCGCAGUGCCAGCAAAGGCAAAGGACGCGCUAAGAAGACAGCCGACACAAAAACGCAGGCCGGAGAAGUCUCUGAAGUGGCGAGCAAGGACUUGAAGCCGAAAGCGCGAGGACGCAAAAAGGAGCUCGCAGAGAACGUGGACAACGAACUAAUCGCUGCCACGGAACAUGCUGAUAAAGAUGUAAAAGAGGCCAAAAAGGAAAGCACUGAGACUUCAUCAGCAUCGGGUAGCGAAACUGCCCCAGCAACGAAGAAGCGUGGCCGGGGCAACAAACGUCUGGCAGAUACGGAAAUAUCCGAAAUUCUAGAGGAAGAUGGGGUUGUGGCGCCACCACAGUCGGAGACUGAAGUAAAAGCUGUAAGCAAGGAAACGACUGGUAAACGUAAGAAUGCUAAUGAUGACAAAGUUGAAGUGCCGGCGAAGAAACGUGGCAAAAAAGCUAUGAAUGGAGAUGCAGAUGAUCAGCCACAAGUCAAAGAGGUUGCUGCAGCACCAGCGGCCAAGAAGCGUGCCCCAAAACGAGCCACAAAUGAUGACCAAAAUGAAGAUCCGGCUCCAGCAGCAAGCAAACCACCUCGAGGUCGCAAGCGAACAGCCGCCGAGACUGAGGAUAAUAGUGAUGCUGUGGCAGUGAGUGAAGCAGACGGUUCAACAACAUCCAAAACCAAAAAGCAAGCUGUACAAAAAACCGAUGCACCCGCCGCUGGCAGCUACGAUAAAACUCUUUUCCCACCGCCAACGGACAAAGAAUUUAAUCUCAAAGUCUCCAGCUGGAAUGUGGCUGGUUUACGUGCCUGGCUAAAGAAGGAUGGCCUCAAGUUCGUCGACUUUGAGGAGCCUGAUAUAUUGUGUUUGCAGGAAACAAAGUGCGUAACCGAUCAGCUUCCCGAUGAAAUGGCACGUCUGCCGGGUUAUCAUCCCUACUGGCUGUGCAUGCCAGGCGGCUAUGCAGGUGUUGCUAUCUACAGCAAGAUAAUGCCCAUAAAUGUAGAGUAUGGCAUUGGCAAUGAAGAGUUUGAUGAUGUAGGCCGUAUGAUCACUGCCGAGUAUGAGAAAUUCUAUUUGAUAAACGUUUAUGUGCCAAAUUCAGGGCGCAAGCUUGUCAAUUUGGAGCCACGCAUGCGCUGGGAAAAGCUGUUCCAGGCGUAUGUCCAGAAAUUAGAUGCCCUUAAGCCAGUUGUCAUUUGUGGCGACAUGAAUGUAUCGCAUUUGGAGAUCGAUUUGGCCAAUCCAAAGUCAAAUACACGCAACGCAGGCUUUACCAAGGAAGAGCGUGAAAAGAUGACUGAACUGUUGGAUCUCGGAUUUGUGGAUACUUUUAGGCACUUGUAUCCCAAGCAAACCGGAGCUUACAGUUUCUGGACUUACAUGUCUAAUGCUCGCGCCCGUAAUGUUGGCUGGCGCUUGGAUUACUGCAUUGUUUCCGAGCGGUUUGUGCCACGCAUUGUUGACAAUGUGAUGCGGAGCCACUGUCUGGGCAGCGAUCAUUGCCCUAUUACAGUUUUUCUAAAUAUUUAAGUACUCGUGGAUACAAUAUUUGUUCAGAAUAUGUUGUUUGAUAAAACAAGUAACAUUUUAUUAUUGUAUUUUGUUCCCUGAAUAAUUCAAAUCUUUGUUUUUUGUUUAUCUUCUAUUUUGUUUAUUUUACAAUUACUAAAUUUCCUUAAGUAUUUUUUGUUUCACAAUUUAUUUUAUUAUUAUUUUACUGUAGAUGCUUCGAUUCCAUUCUGCUGUAAUACAAUCAAAUAAAAGUAUACCAAUUAAAU